UGGCGCUACUUUGGUGUGACAACGUGUCUAUUCGUGGCAGGAGUCUGUCAAAUAGUGCACGAUGAAAUUCGUGAAUAGGUUAUUCCUCUUCCUUUUUGCUUUCGUUAGCGUAAAUGCUGGCGGCCCAACUCUUGUUUUACUCGACAAUCUUGCAAUCAGAGAGACACAUUCAAUAUUCUUCAAGACAUUACAGGAUGGCGGUUAUAUAUUAACUUUUAAAUCAGCUGAUGAUGCAAAUUUGCAACUCUCCAAGUAUGGUGAAUUCUUAUACGAGCACUUAAUAAUAUUUGCUCCUACUGUUGAGGAAUUUGGUGGUGCUCUGAAUGUGGAGACAAUAACAGAUUUUAUAGAUGGUGGUGGAAAUGUUUUGAUUGCUGGCUCCUCACAAUCUGGUGAUGCCUUGCAUGAAUUAGCCUCAGAAUGUGGCUUGGAAAUAGAUGAAGAAGGUUCUGCUGUAAUUGACCACAUGAACUAUGAUAUUUCUGAUAGUGGCCAACAUACUACCAUAGUAGCUGAUCCAUCAAAUCUGAUAGAUGCUCCAGUUAUUGUUGGAAGUAAAAAUAUCCCACCAUUGCUUUAUCAAGGAACUGGUCUGAUUGCGGAUAUAGAAAAUCCUUUGAUUUUGCGCUUAUUAUCAGCAUCAACCUCAGCAUAUACAUAUAACUCAGACCAACCAGUUAAGGAUUAUCCACAUGGAGUCGGCAAAAAUACUCUGUUGAUAGCAGCUCUACAAGCCAGAAAUAAUGCCAGAGUUCUAUUCUCAGGUUCAUUGUUCUUCUUCAGUGAUGAAGCAUUCACUAGUCCAGUACAAAAGGGACAAGGUGGUCAGAAAUAUGAGAAAUCUGGGAACCAAGUAAUGGCUAAAACUAUGGCACAGUGGGUAUUUAAGGAAAAUGGUGUCAUACGUGUAUCAUCUGUUCACCACCAUAGAAUUGGUGAAUCACAGCCACCUGCUGCAUAUACCAUCAUGGAUGAUGUAGUAUAUUCUAUCAACGUGGAGCAACUAUCAUCAGGUGGCAAAUGGGUGCCAUAUGAGACGAAUGAUCUGCAGUUGGAAUUUGUACGGAUUGAUCCGUUUGUGCGUAUGACUAUGAAACCAGUAGGAAAUGGUAGCUAUGAAGGCAGAUUCAAAAUACCAGAUGUCUAUGGUGUGUACCAAUUUAAGGUGGAUUAUUCGCGCGUCGGAUUGACACAUCUGUAUAGCACCACACAAGUGUCUGUACGUCCAUUACAACAUACGCAAUACGAGCGUUUUAUACCGAGUGCAUUCCCAUAUUACAUAAGUGCAUUCUCUAUGAUGGGUGGUGUAUUUUUGUUUUCACUCGUAUUUUUACAUUACAAAGAGGACACAAAGCCCAAGUCUGAGUAAUUCGCGGGACAGUAUCCUAUUUAUGCAAUUACGAAUAUAUCAUUUUUCAUUCUGUUUUUUUUUUAUUAGAUUUUUACUUCAAAAGAACUUAGUGUUAUUUUCUAAAAAUAUAGUACUAUGAAAAACUUAUAAAAAUAGAAAAUUGAAAGUGCUCAUAUAAUCUGGGAGGUAAUCAAGAAUUUCUUUUUCUUCUAGUAUGAAUUCGUGAAAAGUGAACACUUUCAAGAAAAUUUAUAAUUUUUAAGAGUUCAUGUUAUAGGAAAUAUUCAUGAUUUCCUUUCCUGGAUAGAUUAAUAGAUUUCAAAUAUUGCAAAUGGACAACAUAAUUGAAAGAUAUACACCUAUAUAUAUAUAUAUAU